AUGGCUUCUACGCAGUGCGAGCUGUAUAUGUAUACACCCAGCCUUGCAUUGGCGAUUAUCGGAGUCAUUCUAUUCUCUGCCUUGACCACGAUCCACCUGUACCGUAUGAUUGAAUCAAAAGCGUGGUUUGGCAUAUUCUUCGUUCUUGGUGGUCUGGAGUUAAUCGGACAUACGGCUCGAUCCUUCUCGACCCAAGAUGUCUGCGAUAGAGGCGCGUACGGUGUGCAAUCAGUCGCACUAUUGAUGGGACCGACAUUGAUCAUGUUCUCCGUCAACCUGACUCAGAGUGAGUUCGUCAACGUGCUUGAUGCCGAAAAAUUCUGUUUGCUCCCACUGGCGUGGCAGCGGGGCGUUUAUCCCGCUAUGAACGCAAUCUUGAUGGUCAUUCAGCUUGUUGGAGGUUGCAUGACCAUCUCAUCAUCGAGUGAGACUGUGGCGACGGGAACAAAGCUCGCAAUCGCUCUCUUCGUGGUCCAGACAAUUUUUUGGGGAUUUACUAUGGCAGAAAAUAUCUGCAUAAGCUAUCGCCUGGGUCGCCAUCCCACAACUGCUAGCAGCUGCGUGUUAGCCAACUGGAAGACAUGGAACCAAUUGAUCCCGUUAGCAGGGUCUAUCAUUGCGACUGGACGCAACAUAAUGCGGCUGACAAUGGCAGGUGGCAUUGAGUUUCUCGUGGACUAUGAAUGGCCUUCGUAUGCAUUUGAUGGGUAUCAGAUGGUGGUGGUUCUGGGCGCUUGGGGGAUCUGGUACUUACCGGGGAAGUGUCGCGAACUCUCGACUCGAGUGCGUUAUACGAACCUCACUCGGCUGGAGAGGGUCGUGGAUGAUGUUUAA